AUGAAAAUAUUUAUUCCUACAAAAACAUAUUUAACAAAAACUCAAGUAAAUCAACAAUUAAUUAAACCAAAAUCAAUAAUUGAUUCAAUUCAAAAAUUAAUCGAAUUUUUUAAAUCUAGUAAUGGAAAAGUUUUGGUUUUGACCGGUGCAGGUAUUAGCACGGAUUCUGGUAUUCCGGAUUAUCGUGGUCCAAAGUUUGCAUCAUUACAUGAAUUUCGACAACGAUAUUGGGCAAGAUCAUAUUUAGGAUGGCCAUUAAUGAAAAAAGCAAAACCAAAUAAUUCACAUUAUUCACUUUCAAAAUUACAAAAAAAUAAUUAUAUUCAAAAAAUAAUAACUCAAAAUGUUGAUGAACUUCAUCAAAAAUCUGGAUCUAAAAAUAUUUUAGAACUUCAUGGAACUUUAAAUCAAAUUCAUUGUUUAAAUUGUGGUCAUAUAAAACAAAGAUCUGAUUAUCAAUUAAUUUUAAGUGAUUUAAAUCCUAAAUGGAAUGAUUUUUUAAAAAAUAUUGAAUUAGGUAAUAUUACUCCAAUUGUAAGACCUGAUGGUGAUAUGGAUUUACCUCAUGGUACUUCUUAUGAUUCAUUUAAUUAUCCAUCUUGUGUUCAGUGUUCUGCUGGAAUUUAUAAACCUUCUGUUGUAUUCUUUGGUGAAAAUAUUAAAGACAGUAUAAAGAAUGAGACCGUAGAAUUUGUUAAAAAUUGUAAAAGCAUUUUAGUGAUCGGAUCAUCGUUGGCUACUUAUUCAGCAUUUAGAAUUGUCAAGUUGGCUAGUGACCUAGGUAAAGAUGUUGCUAUUAUCAAUCUUGGUGAGACUAGAGGUGAUAAUUUGUCUUUUUUAAAAAUUGAUUUUCCUUGUGGUAAUUUAUUACCUGAUAUUGCUGAUCAAUUAACAAAAUCAUAA